AUGAAUCUUAAAAGGUUCAAGAAGGCCUUCCCCCCCUCACCAACAGAAGAACAGCUACAAAAUCUUCCCGACUUGGGUGAUGGCUUUCCUGUUGUGGCUGUCUCUGCUCCUUGCCUCAUCAAAGCGAGUAAAGUGUUGGUGACUUGGGAUGAAGGUGAAGUGAUGGGCUCAGGAUUUUUGGAAUACUGUCUUCAACGUAUUAGGCAAUACGGACUCCCAUUUGUGGGGCUGUCUAUUUCUCUCAAAAGCCCUAAGGCGCAGGAGUGGAAUUGCCGGACGGCUGCCUUCUGUGUUGAUACAUUUUACGAAGCAUUUGCGGCAAAGGAUUAUGCCAAUUGUUUCCGCUCCGGCUUCAACUUGGAGGAAGUUGGUCCUAAGAGAGUGGAAACUCUCAUCAAAUUUAAUAUUGAUUACUGUAUUGGGGAGAUGAUGAAGGAUUUCAAACGUGCAAAGGGAAAGGGGCGUCAACCUGCGGACGGUCCCAACGACCCAAGUGAUUCCAAAGCCGGACGAGCCAUGGCAAAAAUUAUGCGAGAAGAAGAUGAGUAA